GUUUUCCGUUUUUCUUGCUUCGCUCGCGGUGUACCUUUCUUCUGGGCUGGAGAAGGGCCAGCUGCCCCACCCGGAAAUCGGAAAGUCUCCGCGGAGGACCAGAACGGCCUUGACCUUGACCUCGACUUUCUCGUCUCCGUCGGAUUCCUAGCAUGCCACGCUCGCGGGGCGGGGGCCGGGCCCGGGGCGGGCAGGAGGCCGGCAGGGCCGAGCUGGUGUCCCGCUCGCUGCAGAGCGCGCAGCACUGCGUGGCCGGCCGGGACUUCGGCACGGCCUACGCGCACUACCUGCUGGUGCUCAGCCUGGCGCCCGAGCUGCGGGACGACGUCAAGGAAACCUUUCAGUAUACCCUCCUCAAGUGGGCGGAAGAACUGGAUUCUCUGAAUCGAGUACAGGACUUAUUUGGUUGCUAUGAACAGGCCUUGGAACUUUUUCCAGAUGAUGAAGUGAUUUGUAACAGUAUAGGGGAACAUCUGUUCAGAAUGGGCUUUAGAGAUGAAGCAGCUGGCUAUUUCCACAAAGCAGUAAAGCUAAAUCCUGACUACAGUGAUGCAAAGGAAAAUUUUUACCGUGUUGCAAACUGGCUGGUGGAACGCUGGCACUUUAUCAUGCUUAAUGACAUUAAGAGGAAUAUGACUUACCAUUCAGCAAUCCAGAAGGUUGUUCGCUUGGGAUGCAAAACUGUUCUGGAUAUUGGAGCAGGAACUGGAAUACUAAGCAUGUUUGCUAAAAGUGCCGGUGCACACCGGGUCUAUGCUUGUGAGCUCUCCAAGACCAUGUAUGAGCUUUCUCAUGACGUAAUGGCAGCAAACAAGAUGGAAACAGGGAUCAAACUAUUACAUAUGAAGUCUCUGGAUAUAGAAGUUCCUAAGCACAUUCCUGAGAGAGUUUCCCUAGUUGUAACAGAAACUGUCGAUGCAGGUUUGUUUGGAGAAGGAAUUGUGGAGAGCUUGAUUCAUGCAUGGGAACAUUUACUUUUGCAACCAAAGCCUAAAGGUAAAGAUGGUAAUUGUGAAGAAUAUGGACAAGUCAUACCUGCAGGUGCAGUUGUAUUUGGGAUGGCAGUACAGUGUACAGAGAUACGAAGACAUCACAGGCUGGGUGUUCAGGAUGUUGCUGGUGUUCAUUUACCAGCAUCUGUGAAAUUUCAGAGUCCCACAUAUUCUUCUGUAGAUUCUGAAGAGACAGUUGAACCUUAUACAACUGAAAAAAUGAGUCGAGUUCCUGGGGGCUAUUUACCUCUUACAGAGUCCUUUGAAACUAUGAGAGUAGAUUUCAAUAAUCUUCAGGAACUAAAAAGCCUUGCAACCAAAAAGCCUCAUCAGAUAAGUGUUCCUGUCAUACAGGAAGGAGAGCUAGAUGCCAUCAUAGUUUGGUUUGUGCUUCAGCUUGAUGACGAACACAGUUUAUCAACAAGUCCUCAUGAAGAGACAUGUUGGGAACAAGCUGUCUACCCUGUGCAGAGCCUCCCAGAUUAUUUUGUGAAGCCUGGAGACCAUGUGAUGAUGGAAGUUUCCUGCCAGGACUGUUACCUGAGAAUCCAGAAUAUUCAUAUUUUAAAUGCUGAUCAUGGAAUGGAUAUUGAGAGAGGUUCCAGCAAAAAUGAGGAGGAGUCUCUUGUUUUAGGUAGUGAGGCCGAACUCUGUAGUGCGCUGGCUAGCCUUCAAACCAGUAAACCAGAUGAAAUCAGGCAGAUAUGCACAUUGGAAUCCACAGAAAUAGCUUUGCUUAACAAUGUUCCCUAUCAUGAAGGAUUUAAAGCUGCCAUGAGCAAAGUGCUGACAACAUUGACACCAAAUAAACAGAUGGAUGUUGAAGUUAUUGGUGGUGAGAUGAACUCUGGAAAUUCACAAGAUAGAAAUUCCCUACAUAUCACCCCUGACCCUUUCUAUGUGUUAGAUGUGUCUGAGGGCUUUUCCAUUCUGCCCAUAAUUGCUGGGACACUGGGACUAGUAAAGCCAUACAGUUCUGUGGAAAAAGAACAGCACCGUCUCACUCUUGACCUCAUUUCUGAAGCCAACCACUUUCCUAGAGACACACUGGAAUUUUGGUUGAGACAUGUGGAAGAUGACUGUGCAGUUCUGCAGAGACCCAAAUCAGACAAACUCUGGAGUAUUAUCAUCCUGGAUGUCAUUGAGACGUCUGGCCUUAUUCAACAAGAGAUGAUGGAAAAAGCCGCAAUAUCCAGAUGUUUAUUACAAUCUGGAGGCAGAAUCUUUCCUCAGUAUGUACUAAUGUUGGGGAUGCUUGUGGAAUCACAGACACUGGUUGAAGAGAAUGCUGUUCAAGGGACUGAGCCAACUCUUGGAUUGAAUAUAGCACCUUUCAUUAAUCAGUUCCAGGUUCCUGUACGGGUAUUUUUGGACCUUUCCACUUUGCCAUGUAUUCCUUUAAGCAAGCCGACUGAACUGCUAAGAUUAGAUUUGAUGAAUCCAUAUUUGAACAACUCUAACAGAGAAGUGAAGGUGCAGAUUUGUAAAUCUGGACAAGUGACUGCCAUUCCAUUCUGGUAUCAUGUGUAUCUUGAUGAAGAGAUUAGUCUGGAUACAUCAAGUGAAACCUCACACUGGAAACAAGCUGCUGUUGUAUUGGAUAAUCCCAUCUCAGUUGAAAUUGGACAAGAGGUUGUCCUCAACAUUCAGCACCACAAAAGCAACAUUAGCAUCACAGUGAAACAGUGAAAGGCCUGCAGUCAGGCAGUUAGAUUGUUAUGACAUUAAUCAGUAGUGGGUUUGUAUUUCAUAAAACUGAUUAAAAAAAAUCAUUCAUUGUAAUGGCCCAUCUAAUAUGUUUUUAGAAAAAUACACAGAAAUAAAACUUUUUAUUUAAAAGUUCUUGGAUUUUAGGGUAACAUUAUUAUAAGGUAUUGCUACUGCCUUGCUUUCUGGCAGUUGGGUCUUAUUAUGGUCUUGCCUAAUUAGUAAACCUUGUUAGGAUGAAAGGAAACUAUUUCUUCAUUUUUUACUGUUCAAUUUUACUACAGAUCAAUUUAUGUGAACCACAUUUAUCAUCAUUUUUCUCCUAUGAUUGAUUUUAUCUAAAACCUACAAAGAUGAGAAGGUGUCUGUGUAAAACAUCAUCAUUUAUCUCUAUUUAUUUAUGAACAACAACAACAAAACCAUUAGCAUUUUGAAGCAUCUUUAUCUUUUAUGAUUUUUAAAUCUAUUUGACAUCAAGGAGACCUAGGUUAUCAUUUAUUUUUUUUAACAAAGAGCUUUUCUAAACAAGAAAAGUAAAGUGAUACAUUGCAAGUCAAGUUCAAUUGCCAUCUUCUCUUUGAAGCUCUCAGUAUCUGUAGCAAUUUAUAACUCCCACAUUGGUUUCCUUAUGUUUCUCAACCUAUGUCUGAAAGUUGGUGUGCAUGAAGAAUGCAAAUUAAUUUUAAUUAUUAAAAUUCAAGCCAGACUCAUUUGGGGAAGUAAAUCUUUGAGGGGAAACCAGGUCCCAAGUAAAUGAAAAACACCCAAUUGGAAUUGUUUCUGCAUUUUUCAGUUUAUAGAGGAAGAGGUAAAAUACAAAGCAAAUUGAUAGAAGGAUUUAAUUUUAAAAUCUCUGACUUCUAGAGAAGGCAUUAUACAGUUAGCCACUGUCUUUCUCCUAAAACUUACAGCAAAUCAAUGUCAAAAAUACAUAAGAAUGUACUGACUAUAAUUUAGUUAUAGACCUGAAUGAAUCUACGAACUCCUGAAAAACACAUACCCAGAAAGUGAUGGAAGGAGCUGGGGUAUAUUGGUCUGAAAAAAAAAAAUUAGAUUCAGACAUGACUGACAGGUGGAAAAAGGAUUUAUGUAGGUCCAAAGCAAGAGGAACAAUAAAAAGAUAAAGCCAUUACUUGAA